CUGGCUCGGAGCCGCUCCGUGUGGGGAGCGCAGCGGGGGCAGCCCGGCAGUGCGGGUCACGGCUGUCAAGGAAAUUGUCCUCCCAGCCCUGUCUGUGCUCCGGUGGUGGUUGUCGUCUCCUCACAGACAAUUACCUUGAGGGCCGCUCCACAGCAAGGGAGCGCUGCUCGGUCCCGGCCGUUCUGGAGCAUCUUUGGCACUCUUGCCAUGUUAUCUGGAGCAUCCCUUUUGGCAAAGAGAAGAGCAGUGAACACCCUUCAGAGGAUUCCAGAUGUGUGCCCUUAUGGAGAAAACAUUUUGCCUCUGCUGGAGGGUGAAAGUAGCUGAGUGGAUAAGCUAUAAGGAGGACCUGUGGAGAAAUGCAAGUACAGUACCCCGGCUAUGCUGGCUGAGGGCGAAGGCAUGGCCGGUCCCUCGCUGUGUGCUGCCGCCACAGCGGCCUCUCCGGACCGGCACAAGGUGCCCGGCUUUGGAGACAGUAAAACCACACACUGCUCCUUUUCCAUUGAGAGUAUAUUGGGACUGGAGCAGAAAAAAGAAGGCAUUGCAGCUGGGAAACCUCACAGACCCUGGAUGGAUGCAUGCACCAGCUUGGUUUUAGGUGAUGACAGUAAUCCCCAUCUGCAAAUCCCUGUUGUUUGCUAUGAAAAUCCAUUAUUUAAUACUAGAAGUGAUCCCGUGCAAGAGGAAAACGUUUUGAAAUGUGAAAAAUAUUUUUCAGUCACUGAAAGACUGUCUUUCAAACGAGAAUUGAGCUGGUACAGGGGUAGAAGACCAAGAACUGCAUUCACUAGAAACCAGAUUGAAGUCUUGGAAAAUGUUUUUAAAAUGAACUCCUACCCUGGCAUUGAUAUUAGAGAAGAGUUAGCUCGCAAAUUAGAUUUAGAUGAAGACAGGAUCCAGAUCUGGUUUCAGAACCGUCGUGCAAAGCUGAAAAGAUCACACAGAGAAUCUCAGUUUCUAAUGGUGAAAAAUACUUUCACCUCCAGCCUGCUGGAGUAG